GGUGCGACAGGCUGGCGGCGGGAAGGACCCUUCUCUCGGCGCGGCUGGCGCGAGCGAAGAUGGCGGCGGGGGAGGUGAAGUCGGUGCUCUUCGUGUGCCUGGGAAACAUUUGUCGCUCUCCAAUAGCUGAAGCAGUUUUUAGAAAACUUGUAACUGAUGAAAAAAUUGAAAAUAAGUGGAGGAUAGACAGUGCAGCAACAUCUACCUAUGAAAUAGGAAACCCUCCUGACUAUCGAGGACAGACUUGCAUGAGGAAGCACGGCAUUACCAUGAAUCAUAUUGCCAGGCAGAUUACUAAAGAAGAUUUCCAGACCUUUGAUUAUAUACUUUGUAUGGAUGAAAGCAAUCUAAGAGAUCUGAAAAGGAAAAGCAACCAAGUUAAAGACUGCAAGGCUACAAUUGAACUACUUGGGACUUAUGAUCCACAGAAACAACUUAUUAUUGAAGAUCCUUACUAUGGGAAUGAAAAGGACUUUGAAACUGUUUACGAGCAGUGUGUUAGAUGCUGUAAAGCAUUUUUGGAAAAGCCUCAUUAAUGCAUCAUUUUAUUUCUAAAAGAAAAUAAUUAGCUCCUCCUGAAAUAUGUAAGCUUUACUUGAUUGGUGUAUUUGAAAUGUAAUAUUAUGCCUCCUCAGUUGAGCCAAAUUGGCACUUUUUCAGUUUAAUUUUGUAUUGUAGCUCUUCUGUCAUUUAAUUAGAAAAACACAAAAAAGUUUUAAACUUCAGUUGGAUGAUCAACCAUUUUCUCAUGCAUCUAUGUAAUAAUAAAGUAUUUCAUUCAGAAUAAA